AUGUUGGGUUUUAACGCUCUAUUCUUCUUCCUCUUGAUCGCGACGUCUUGUAGCUCGGAAAAUCUCUCAACUGGAGAAGAUGCUAAAUUGUAUGUCCAGCAGCACAUCUCCGGAUCUGAUGCCAUGGUUUUUGCAAAAAGUUAUUGCCCCUAUUGCAAGGCAACCCGAUCUCUUUUGAUGCAGCUGCAAGAAGAAUCCAAGACGUCGUGGACACUGGACAUCGUCGAUCUUGACUUGAUGCCGGAAGACGACGGGCCCUUUCUGCAAAUGGAAUUACUGAUAGCUACGAAUCAGAAAACUGUACCCAGUAUCUUUAUUGGCGGAGAGCACGUUGGUGGAAACUUGGAACUCCAAGCUCUAUAUAAUUCGGGCAAUCUCGAGAAAACGUUGGAAGCAGCGGCUCAACAAAGGAGGCAUAAGGGUGUAACUUGGUAAAUAUUGCUAUUUUUAUUUGCUACGAAUAUUCUUACCUUUUUCGAAUGCUUAAGGAUGCCACGUAACAGGAAAGUCAUCAUCUGGGAGCUGACCUGAAUGUGGGUGAUCAUUGACGUAGCGUCUCCACAAACUACUUUUUUUCGCGGCACUGGUAAAUUUGACCUCUGCAGGCACAAAGUGCAGACCCAAUCCUCGCCUUGGGCGGACGGUACUACUAUUGCGUGCUGAUCCGUGCCACGUGCGCCCAUUGUGAACCGAGAGUCCCCCUGCCAAUAGACCUGCCAUACUGACAAUCUCGUAGUCUUUAAUGCCUUCUAGAUCUGCGGCUGAUUGUAACAA